AUGAACGGCACUUCAUCCACAGGAAAGAAGAAGAGACUUGUGUGGGUUUGUGAUAACUGCAAGGAGUUCAAGCACGAAGAUUGUGACAUUGUGACAAGACACGAAGAGCAGUGCAAGGGACCUUUUUGCCCUACAGCAAUGGAAAACCCAUCCGCUGAUGAUGGCAAGAAAAAUGAGCAGGAGGAGCUGAAAGAAACAGAGAAACCCAGUGCUUCUACUACAACAUGUACGGAUGAUACUGGUGGCGACAAUGAUUCGACUGGAAGCAAGAGAAAGAGAAUCAACUCGUCGGCUGAAAAAGAAGAGAAUUUGGAAACCAACCAGGCUACUAUUAAUAGUCGGACAAUGACACGGAAACUUCGAUCGUCCUCAGCCAGAAGCACCAACAGCAGCACCACCACCACAGAAGAGUCGACUGAUGAUGAAAACCGGGGGAAGAAAUCUACUGGGAAAAACAACAGCAAUGGUAAAAAGAGGGAAAGAAGCGACAAGUCUAAGCAAAGAUCAACGUCUGGAAAGGACAAUGACGACACCACAGCAGAGGACCUCAAGAAGAAACGGCAAAAGAAACCAGCCAAGUUAGCCAGUAUCUUCAAUCCUGCUUCUUCAGGAGACACUGCCACUAUUAAUAAUACCACUAGGUCCAGAAAUGGAACCAAAAACACCAACAAGAACAGCACUAUCAACAACAAAAAGGUUCUCAAGGAGAACAACGGCAAGGACCUUAAGAAGAAACCCACAAACAAAAAGAAUGCUCUGGAGUUGUUGUCACAAAGCAGCAGUAGUGAAAAUUCAAACCAAUCCACCAAACGAAAACCACCAGCCAACAAGGAAAAAACAAAAACAACGCAAAAUUCCAAAUCCGCUUCUUCAUCCACAGUAGCAGCAUCCAAAAAGCAAAAGACAACCAACACCAAAAACAGCAAUGCGUCACUGGCCGCCAUUUUUCAGUCACAACGCACCAAAGGUGACAAACCCAUGGAUGAAAAGGCACUCAUGGCAGAACAACGGGCUGUCGAGUUUCAAGCCAAAAUGACCAAACGACGAGAAAUGGAAAGGGAACAGCAACGAAAGCGGGAAGAACUCUUCUUUUCCAAAAAGAAACCAGCUGCUGGCGGCGUCACUGUAGCAGCUACUAGAACCACCGCCAGCCGCAUGUACCCUUGUCCAAGAUUUCCAGUGCCAUCCUUUGUGUUUCCCAGUCAACAACAAGACAAAACAACCAACAACGACAAUGAUCAAUCCACAAGCAAGAAAACAGUGUCCAAGGAAAUGCUUCAACAGGCUCAACUUGCACUUCAGAAGGCAAUGCAUUGUCUUCACUCCAAAACAGAGGAAGCUGAAAGCUCAUCGCCCUGGGAGUGGACCUACUCAUUGCCGUCAGCAGCAACCAUGACUGCAGAUGACUUUGACGCAGAGCUAGCCAAAAUCCUGGCGAGUGCAGGAGCACCGGGUGUGUCAAAAGCAAGUGGUCAAUCGUCGCUUUGGGCGGAGACAUACUACUCUUUGGUCAAUCUUGACGACAUUUGUGGGCAGCAGAAUCAACUGGUCGCCAACGAUCUGGUGGCGUUUGUCAGAGACUGGAUGGUACACCGACAAGAUGCCCAUGAACGCAUGGCCGAACGACAAAGGGCUUUGCAAAAGAAACGACGAGCCACAAAAAAGAAAAAGUCCACCAAGUAUGCGGACGAUGAGGACCUGUGGUCUGAUUCCGACAAUGAAGAUGGUCUGGCACGACUUUGUCUCAUUGAUGGGCCUGUGGGAACCUGCAAGUCGGCUUUGGUCCAUGCCGUAGCACGCCAUUGUGGUUGUCAGAUAAUUGAGCUGAAUACAUCUGAUAAACGCGGCAGCGCUGAUCUUCGAAAGGCAUUGGAAGAAGCAACCAGGAGCCAUUCUUCGCUCGCGAUGCUCAAGAAACAACAAACCAACUUUUUUGCCAAGCAGGAGUUGGUCGACAGCGAUGAUGAGAAUGACGACGACGCCAAUAGCGAUUGUGAUAGCGACGGAGAAGUGCAACCCAAAAAGAAGGGAACCUCUUUGACCAUGAUACUGAUUGACGAAGCUGAUAUCACUUUCGAGACUGGCGGAGACUCUGCAUUUUGGUCCGCCUUGAAUGACCUGGCUCGGAAAGCGCAGUGCCCCAUCUUUUUGACUUCAAAUCGUGUCCCAAGGGAGCUGGACUCUAUGUUGUACAAAUAUGUGGCCACUUCACGACCAUCUCCUACAGAGUGCGCAAAAGAAUUGAAGCGUUUUCUAACUGAAGAAAGCAUUUUGCCCAAAGAAGUGAAUGUCGAUGUCCUGAAUGGUCUAGCCCUGCUUGCCGAGCUGUGUGACUGCGAUCUACGUCGUAUCCUACAUCGGCUCCAGCUCUUUUGUUCCGCCAAAUCAAAAGUGACGACAAGAGAUGAACAAUCAACACCAGCGUCCACCACCAUAGAAAGGGAUUCAACUCAGGACCAGGCUGUCAACAUCGUAAAAGUUUCACCAAGACAGAUCUCCUCUGAAACCGAAACGCUACUCACCAUCAGGGGCAAGAACUUUUGCAGGCUCAAGAGUCACGCGACAAAACAACCUGAAGUACAAGUGUUCGUUGGAGAGCAGCUCUGCCCAGUGGCCAAGAUUGUAGACGAUAAAACCAUCCUGGCGGUGUGCCCAGCUCUUGUUCGGGAUGCCAAUGUCGACAAGUAUGGGUUGAGGAGUGUAUCCAAGUAUGUCAAACAUCAAAGCUUGGGUUCUUGCUACUCGCCAGUCUCCUUGCACUCCUUGCAUCCAAGUGGAUCUGGCCACGUUGCCUCUUCGCAUGUUUUCUCGCACACCUUGGUGGACGGUACAACCGUCAGUGCCCUGAUACCUUAUAAUGUGGAGUGGUUGUUUCCAGAGGAAGAGGAUGAAAGUGAUGUUGAAUUUGAUGACGCCUAUCAUCAACACGCUGCCCGUCCAUCCUGUCUCUUGAAGAGGAAAGCGGUUGCUUCAACCGACACUGACAAAGCCCAUCGUAUGCUCGAGGCUGCCCUUGAGGAAUGGGGACCCGACGCCGUGGACGAGGUCAGCACGAAAGCAGCGUCUGCCAAAGGCUUUGGCAACACAGACAUUGCAAUCCAAAGCCAAUGCGAGUUGGAUUCACUAGCAAAGGAUCUGGAGCUUGCCAGUGAUGCCUCGCUUCUCGAUGACUUCUGCGGGCUUCCGUUCCUAUCGGGGGCUACGCCUGGCUUUGGAUAUCAAUUCACGCCGGAAGGUUCCGAGUCCAAUUUUUCCUCGACAUCAUUGAAACUACAUGGCAAUUCUACUCAUUGCAGCGAAGAAAGAUUGCUGUUUUCCGGGUACAAGGACACUGCUGCUUUCUACGGGGAUAGCGAUGCCUGGAUGUCGAACCCAACGAGCGCCAGGGAUCGCGAGUUGAUUAGGACUUCUUUAGGUGCACGCUUUGCUGACGCUGCAUCGACAUCGGCAUCUGCGGUGCAACAGGAGGACGAGGAGGAUGUGGACGACUUGACGCUGUGGUCCCCUCCCUGUUCUACGGAUGUUGACGAAGAUGCCUUUCUUCUCCGGCCGAUUCCAGCUCCUCUUCAAUUUUUGCCCGCCCUGCUCCUAGAAACACAGCAAUCUGCAGUCUGCCGUCAUGUGAGAGGAAGCGUCUUCUUGCAACGGCGCGUGGAAGAAAGCUCAAGCGCACAGCUAGACGCCAUCAAUGUGGUGUGCACUCAUGAUGCUCAUGUGCGCAUGCGUUACAAGGGUUUGCAUGAUGCGAACCUGAGCCUUGACUACAUCCCCAUUCUGCGGAUGAUGGCAGUCUUCGAGCGGGCGAUAUUGAGCAUAGAGGACAACGAACCCGCGAACAUGCCACGACGAAGGACACGGCGAUCGAACAAAGGACGUAGCCAUUACUUGGAAUCGCUGAACAAGAUUAUCACGUGGGGCGAAGAAGGCGUCCCUUCAGCCUCUGAAGCUGGGGAACGUCUUGCAAAGUCCUUCUUACAGUACCAGUACGGGACUACCGGUACACUAUCGGUUUCUUCCGACUUUGGACUCUAG